UUAUCCAUCAAGCAACAAGAAAUGGUAUUAUUAUCCAACAAAAAUCAAACCAAUCCUUGGUUUUUAGUACUAAUUUUAGUGGUUGGAAUUACAAGGUCAAGCCUUAGGACUAUUUGUUUGUUUGGAUAAAUGGAAAAGCCCUUAAUUAGGAGUAAGGAUAGGACCUAAGCCAAAUCACCAAAUAGUCCCGCUUCGGUUUACGUGGCAAUAUAUCAUUGGUUAUAUUUAAUCAGCGACGUCUUUUAGUUAGUGUGUCGGUCCCCACGUGAACAGAACUCAGCGGAACCCGCCCCAGCACGUAUAGAUAAAGAACAGUAACGACCAACAGUUGAGUGAUUCAUGUAAAGGGAAAUCCCGAAGCUGAGCGGAGCCGUUGGAUUAAUAGUAAUCAAAACGGCGGAGAAAAGCCAAACCGAACUGAAGGAAAAAAAAAGGAAGGAAUAAGAACUGGAAGUGAAACCCUAAGAGAGAGUGAGGAGUUUGGGAGGGGAUUUUUUCGUUUUUGUUGAAAGAAUAGGAACCUGUGUUUCGAAGCCAGGUGGUGCGGCGAGCAGAGCCGUCGCGCAGAGGCUUUCGCAAGCGGCUGCUCUACCUGAUACAACUGCUGCUACUGCAAACCACCUCGAUAAGUCGUCGUCUACCAAGAUGAAGGGGCUUUUCAAGUCCAAGCCGCGAACUCCUGUCGAUAUCGUGCGGCAGACGCGUGAUCUCCUCAUCUAUGCCGGCCGCUCCCCCGAUAAUCGUGAAUCCAAGCGGGAAGAGAAGAUGGCCGAAUUAUGUAAAAAUAUAAGGGAGUUAAAGUCUAUUCUUUAUGGAAAUAGUGAAUCUGAGCCAGUCUCAGAAGCUUGUGCACAGCUGACUCAGGAGUUCUUCAGAGAGAACACGCUAAGGCUCUUGAUCACUUGUCUUCCUAAAUUGAACUUAGAGGCGAGGAAAGAUGCAACUCAAGUUGUUGCAAAUUUGCAAAGGCAACAAGUGCAGUCACGGUUGAUUGCUUCUGAUUACUUGGAAGCAAACAUAGAUCUUAUGGAUAUUUUAUUAGCAGGUUAUGAAAACACAGACAUGGCUUUACAUUAUGGUGCGAUGUUGAGAGAAUGCAUACGGCAUCAGACUGUUGCAAGGUAUGUUUUGGAGUCACAGCACAUGAAGAAGUUUUUUGACUAUAUACAACUUCCAAAUUUUGACAUUGCUGCUGAUGCUGCUGCCACUUUUAAGGAGCUCUUGACAAGGCAUAAGUCCACUGUAGCUGAAUUUCUUUCCAAGAACUAUGAGUGGUUUUUUGCAGAUUAUAACUCAAAGUUGCUGGAAUCUAGCAACUACAUAACAAGAAGACAAGCUGUCAAGCUGCUGGGAGAUAUUUUGUUGGACCGCUCAAAUUCAGCUGUCAUGACGAGAUAUGUGAGCUCAAGGGAUAAUUUAAGGAUUCUUAUGAAUCUUCUCCGGGAAUCAAGCAAGAGCAUCCAAAUUGAAGCUUUUCAUGUUUUCAAGUUGUUUGCUGCGAAUCAGAAUAAGCCUCCAGACAUUGUUAGCAUACUUGUUGCAAAUAAAAGCAAGCUUCUGCGUUUGUUUGCAGAUUUCAAGACUGAUAAAGAGGACGAACAGUUUGAGGCAGACAAGGCUCAAGUCGUGAAAGAAAUUGCUGCCCUUGAGCCUAAAGACCGGCCAUAGUAAGCUAUAGUGUACUGUAAUCUCUCUGUUUUUUUUUAUAAUAUUAUUAAAACAAAUUGACUGUGAAUCAUAUGUAGUGUUCUCCUAGUCUUUUAGAAGGAUGCAUACUAUGUAAAAAAAGGCUCUUCUUUUCUGUUAGCCUUUCUUAGAAUCUGUGUUUAUCAUUAUCUGUACUUCUCAAUGUUUCGGAUGUAUGCCCCGAUAUAAGCGUCUAUGGACGGAGAAAGACAAAGGUUCCUGGUUUUUUUGGGAGGGUGAAGCGUGGGGAAGAUAAAAUAAUGUUUAUGAAAUGGGAAGAUUAAAUAAUUCUAUGAUAUGAAUUUAUCAAGAUACUUUGAUUCAA